AUGAAGCGGAAACUCGGUGCCCUCGAAAAGGUCGAUGCCGAUCUAACGAGUCUCCAGUACAAGGUUCGCCGCGACCCGCCGUCGUACUUCGAAGACCACCAGCAGCAGUACAUGCAGUACCAGGCACUGCGCGACCUCCUCUUACAGAAUCCGUCUACGAGUGACGACACUGGAAUUGUGCGCUUAAACGACUUGAUUGACUUCGUUGCGCACACGGCCGAUUGUUACCCAAAGGCGACCGCACAAUUCUCCGACGAUCUGAUCCAGAUACUUUCCCUGCACCAUGACGAGCUGCAAGCCGACUUGCGCGACAAGAUGGUGAGUAGUUUGGUCUUGCUGCGGAACAAAGACCUCAUCGACUCUGCGACACUGCUGAAUACACUGUUCCCAAUCCUCGUUUCGACCCACAGCAAGACUUUGCGCGCGCUGCUCUUCCAGAAGAUUAUAUCCGACCUCCGAUCCUCCAACAUAAGAUCCACAAAUCACCGCCUUAAUCGCACCAUCCAAACAGUCCUCUUCAAUUUGCUCACAUCAGAUCGCGAUUCCACAAAGGGUCUGUGGGCGGUCAAAAUCACGCGCGAGUUGUGGAAGCGGCAAAUUUGGACAGAUGCGCGAGCAGUUGAUAUAAUAAAAGAGGCGUGCCUCUCAGAGAACGAGAAAGUCAUCACCGGCGGCGUGCGUUUCUUUCUUGGGGGCGACAAGGAGCGCGAGGAAGCAGCCGACGAGAGCAGCGACGACGACAUCGACAUGAAAACGCUACGCCAUCAGGCCGGCAUCAACAAAAAGACGAAAAAGAAGGCACGAGAGCUCAAGCAAGCUGCUGCGACAGUAAAGAGGAAGGAACGCAAGAAGAAUGCACCUCAUCCGCUCAACUUUUCGGCCCUGCACUUGCUUCAUGAUCCCCAAGGUUUCGCCGAAACCCUCUUUUCCAGACAUGUGCAAAAUUCCAAAUCGAAGCUAUCGCUCGAGUCGAAACUCAUCGUCCUUCAAUUGGUCUCAAGACUUGUCGGCCUGCACAAGCUUACCGUUAUAUCACUAUACUCUUAUCUCCUCAAGUUCCUUACUCCCCGCCAGAAUUCCGUCACAUCAUUCCUCGCCAUCCUUGCACAAGCAACACACACUCUGGUACCUCCUGACGUUCUCGAGCCCCUCAUUCAGAAGAUCGCAAACGAGUUCGUUAGUGAAGCCUCCGCACAAGAAGUAGCUGCUGCCGGUCUGAACGCCAUUCGCGAGAUAUGUGCGCGUCAGCCCCUUGCAAUGAGUGAUACGCUUCUCCAGGAUCUCGUCAUGUACCGUAAGAGUAAAGAUAAAGGUGUGCAAAUGGCCGCCCGUGGUCUCCUCUCUCUGUACCGCGAAGUCGGCGCCGAGCUCCUCAAAAAGCGAGACAGAGGCAAAGAUGCCACCAUCGCACUUAUUUCCGGUGGCACAAAAGAGCAGCGUUUUGGUGAGGAAGCAGCCGGAGAGAUUCAAGGUAUCGACCUCCUCGAGCAGUGGAAAACAGAAGAGCGGCGCAAACGCCGCGAAGCCGCUGGCUUGCCCGCGGAUGCCGCCACGGACGAGGAAGACGAAGAAGACGAGGCCGAAAAUUGGAAGAAUUGGGAUGUGGAAUCCGACGACAGCGACGACUCGGGCGGCUGGAUCAACGUCGGGUCAGACAGCGAAGACAUCAACAUCAGCGACAGCGAGGACGAGAAGGAGAAUGGACCUGCAGCGAAGAAGGCCAAACUUGCCAAAAGCGAAACGCCCCGCCCCGGUGAAAAUGGAAGCAAGGCGCAUAGCGAAGAACCCAUCCAGAAACAGAUAUCCAAGCUCCUUACAUCAACUAUACUCACGCCCGCAGACCUCAAACAACUCCGCGCACUCCAGGAAUCCGCGGCCGUCAAAUCACAAAUGCCAUCCUCCAAGCGCGCGGCCCUUCUCGCUGCACGCCACGCCGACGACGCCAUCACAGCAGAAACCAUCGAAGCCGCCGCCGCAAUUGGCAAGAAGUCUACCAAGGAGGAGAAGUUGGCCAUGGCGAAGAGCGAUAAGGAAGGCAAGCACCAAUCUACGACUGCGAAGCGCAAAGAAAAGAAGGAGGCAGAGGGCAAGAGUACGACGAAUAAGGAGAAGGCAAGGAAGAAGAAUUUCCUAAUGACGCUGGGCAAGGCGAAGGGGAAAAAUAAGCGGAGUUUAGUAGAUAUCAAGAAGACGAUGAGGGGGCAUAUCGAAAGGAGCAAGAGGGGUGGCAAGCGAGGCAAUAGAGGCUAG